AUAGAAUGUUCUACAGGAAACAUAAAAUUUGAUGUUUCUUCGUGAAUAAAGUUGUUCAUCACUUGAUAUCUUUCUUCUUGUUUAUUGACUGGAGUAAUUGUGGUAUGGGUAAACAUAUAUCUCGACUUACAAAAAGGUUCUUUCACCAGAGUAACAUAAGAAUUCUGAUGGUGGGUCUUGAUGCUUCUGGGAAGACAACCAUUCUAUACAAGUUGAAGCUUGGAGAAAUUGUUGCAACUGUACCAACAGUCGGUUUUAAUGUAGAAACGGUAGAAUACAAAAACAUAUGCUUCUCUGUCUGGGAUGUAGGAGGCCAAAGUCAGAUUCGGUCGCUAUGGAGACAUUACUUUCAGAACAUUCAAGGACUUAUCUUUGUAGUGGAUAGUCAUGAUAGAGAAAGAAUCUCAGAAGCCCGCAAUGAGCUCCAUCGGAUUCUGGAUGAUAAUGAGCUAAGCAAUGCAUCAGUUCUUGUCUUUGCCAACAAGCAAGAUUUUCCAGAUGCUAUGCCUGCUUCUGAGGUUGCUGAUAAACUUGGGCUUUAUUCUCUUGGUCAACGUCGCUGGUAUAUCCAGAGUACUUCCGCAACCUCCGGCCAAGGACUUUAUGAGGGACUCGAUUGGCUAUGCAACAAUAUCACAGUAAGGGAUGCAUAACAGCUCAAUCCAAGUUUCUCUACGAAAAUGAAGGGAUUGAUGAGGAUAUUCAAAAUCUACGACUUACAUGGCCAUCCACUAGUGUCUCAGUGAAGGCAAAUUGAUAGCUUAUUUCUAGUUUCUACAACAAAGAAGGGGAUUCGUAAGGAUGGCUUCAAAUUCUAGCACUUAAAUAACGCCUUAAUGUACCACUUCAUAGGCCUUCUAACAAUAUCUCAGUGAAGGCAAAAAAAUAAACUCGAUCCUGGUUUCUCCAACAAAGCAGAAGGGCAUAAGGAUAGCCGAGAAUUCAACCACUUAAAUAAGGCCUUAAUGUAUAAUGAAUUCUUAAUAAAUUUCACGG